CCGACUAAGAGGGAUAAAGCGCGACGGCGUUGCGUCAGUGUCGUCUCGGCCACGCAACGCGACACAACACGCCGCCGCACCGCACCCGCACGACGUACCGCAUCGCGCCGGGAAGGCGAUCCAACGCAACAGACGUUCCUCUUCUGCUUUUCCUCUCUCGCGCUCUUUCUCGGUCUCGACCGGCCGGCGGGAUAAAACGCGGGGGUACCAUGGACCCCAGCCAAGAGCGGCAGUAAACGCGCCCGAGGGAGAACGCUGCGAGGAAAAGCGAGUCGCGCGCUCACCAGGUGAUCGAAAGAGAGAGAGAGAGAGAGAGAGAGAGGGGGGGAGAAAGAGAGAGAGAGAGAGAACGAGAGAGAGAGCUGCAUCUUUUGCUGAUCGAGCUCUGUACGCGUCGCUUGCUCGCACGUGACAGCGGUGUGACGUGCCGCGUGCGCAAGGACGAGAGAGAGAGAGAGAGAGAGAGAGAGAAAAAGAGGCAACGUGCACAGUCUCACAAGACAUUGGCCACCUUCUCAUUCUCGCGCGCUCUCGCAAACUCACGGCGAACCACCGACACCCACCAUGUCCACAGAACCGGGUAGCUUCACCUCCAACGGCAGCAUGAUCGUCGUGAGCAACAGGUUGCCGUUCGUGCUAAAGAGGAACGAGACGACCGGUCAGCUGGAGCGCAAAGCCAGCGCCGGCGGCCUGGUCACCGCGGUAGCGCCGGUCGUCAUCAACGGAAAUGGAGUCUGGGUCGGAUGGCCGGGCAUGCACAUGGACAACCCGAACGACCCGAUCCCCGAGUCCGAUCCCAACGAUCGCACGCCCACGGCCGGUCUGCUGUCCCGAAAGGUGGUGGCGGUGCACGUCGACCCCGGCAUCUUCGAUUCAUACUACAACGGAUGCUGCAACGGGACCUUCUGGCCUCUCUUCCACUCGAUGCCAGACCGGGCGACCUUCACCGCCGAACAUUGGCGCGCGUAUUCCGCGGUCAAUGAACAGUUCGCGGAGAAAACGGUCGGCGCGUUGGAGCAGAUCCACAAGGAACAGGUGAACCAGUCGAACGGCACGCCGCUCGUGUGGGUUCACGAUUAUCAUCUGAUGCUGGCCGCCAAUUGGAUCAGGCAGGCGGCCGAUGAGAAGAACCUCCGGCUGAAGUUGGGCUUCUUCCUGCACAUACCUUUCCCACCGUGGGAUAUCUUCCGGCUCUUCCCAUGGGCCGACGAGAUCCUGCAGGGCAUGCUCGGAUGCGACAUGGUGGGUUUUCAUAUUCAGGAUUAUUGUCUGAACUUCGUCGACUGCUGCCAGAGGAGCCUCGGCUGCAGGGUGGACCGGAAGAAUCUGCUGGUCGAGCACGGCGGUAGGACGGUGCGUGUGCGACCGUUGCCGAUCGGCAUUCCGUUCGACCGGUUCGUCUCGCUGGCGGAGACCGCCAACAAGGUGAUGCAGUCGAAUCAGAAGAUCGUCCUCGGCGUCGAUCGACUCGACUACACGAAGGGCCUCGUCCACAGGCUGAAGGCCUUCGAGAUGCUGCUGGAGAAACAUCCCCAACAUCGCGAACAGGUGACCAUGUUGCAAAUCGCGGUGCCGUCGCGCACCGACGUCCGCGAGUACCAGGACCUGAAGCUCGAGAUGGACCAGCUGAUCGGCUGUAUAAACGGUCGUUUCACAACGCCCAACUGGUCGCCGAUCCGCUACAUCUACGGCUGCGUGAGCCAGGACGAGCUGGCGGCGUUCUACCGGGACGCCGCCGUCGCCCUCGUCACGCCGCUCAGGGACGGCAUGAAUUUAGUCGCCAAGGAGUUCGUCGCUUGUCAAAUCAACAAGCCGCCGGGCGUGCUGAUAGUAUCGCCGUUCGCCGGGGCCGGCGAGAUGAUGCACGAGGCUUUGAUUUGCAAUCCUUAUGAGAUCGACGAGGCCGCGGAAGUGAUUCAUAGAGCCCUCACUAUGCCAGAGGACGAGCGCACGUUGCGAAUGAACCAUUUACGCCGACGUGAGAGAAUCUACGACGUCAACUACUGGAUGAAGUCGUUCCUGCAAGUGAUGGGGUCGCUCGAGGAGCACGACUCCGUAGGCGCUACCACGAUGCAGCCCGUGACUAUGGACGACUUCGACGACUACUUGAGCAAGUACAUCGGUGAUAAUCACAAAUUGGCGCUUCUAUUGGAUUACGACGGCACGUUGGCGCCCAUCGCCACGCACCCCGACCUGGCGAUCUUGCCGCUCGAGACGAAAAACGUGCUACAGAGGCUGUCCAACAUGUCGGACGUGUACAUCGCCAUCAUAUCGGGCCGAAACGUGAACAACGUGAAGUCGAUGGUCGGGAUAGAAGGUAUCACGUACGCGGGCAAUCACGGCUUGGAGAUUCUGCAUCCGGACGGUAGCAAAUUUGUUCAUCCGAUGCCGGCCGAGUUAGAGGACAAGGUGGCCAGUCUGAUGCAGACUCUUCAAGAGCAGCUCUGCAGGGACGGUGCGUGGGUCGAGAACAAAGGUGCGCUCCUGACCUUCCAUUAUCGCGAGACCCCGAUGGAGGGCCGGCCAAAGAUGGUGGACCAGGCGAAGAAGCUGAUCGAGGACGGAGGUUUCAAGGCCUGCACCGCGCAUUGUGCCAUCGAGGCGAAACCGCCGGUGGAGUGGAACAAGGGUCGCGCUUCCAUCUACAUCCUGCGCACAGCGUUCGGUCUGGAUUGGAGCGAGCGCAUCAGAAUCAUAUACGCCGGCGACGACGUUACGGAUGAGGACGCGAUGAAGGCACUGAAAGGUAUGGCGGCAACUUUCCGCGUGGCGUCCUCGCACAUCAUCCGUACGUCCGCCGAGAGGCGUCUGCCCAGCACGGACUCGGUGCUCACGAUGCUCAAGUGGGUCGAGAGACACCUCAGCAGACGCAAGCCUCGCAACAGCAUCGACAUACCGGGCAUCCCGUCGAGAUUUCGACGCAGCAGCGGCGGCAUCACCAUGGAGAUGUCCUACACCCCGCCAAAGACAACCCUCGAGUCCUAGGCGAUGCUCAAACGUCGUCCGUUAGCAUAUCAACCGUAUACCCGGCGCGAUAUAUAUCUGUCAUAGGGUUAUGAUGUACUCGUAGCGUAAAGCUAAAUCGACAGAGACGGAGGAGCAGCAGAAAAAACAAAGGCAGGGAUCACACAAGUAAUCCGGGAGUAGACUCAUUAGAAACGAAGAAGAGGAGGAGGAGGAGGAGGAGGAAGAAGGUCAGUGGGAAAAAACAUGUUGGAGCGCGAGGCUGACGAAGCGUCUGCUCGUCUCUGAAUCGUAUGUACCACAUCGAGCGAUAGACGCACCGAAGAGACUGUGAAAAGUCGAAGGAAAUGGGAGCGGUUUCUUUCCUAAUCUCUAGAUAACAAAACAAGCAUGAGCGACGUUCGCAAGACCAAGACGUGAUCGCCGUCGACGGGCGCGAGCGAGCCGAAUUAUCUCGCCGAUUCUUGUAGCUUUCAAUGUCGCUCAAUGUAUCUUUCGAGAUAUCGGCCGGCCGACUUCGGCCCGAGAAGAGAAACAAAAAAUGCUGCACGAGGCACGCGACAUCCGGGAUCAAUGUUUUCCACGCGACGGACGCUUCCACUUUUGUUGCUCUACCGCGGCAGAAUGUAUGCGUAUGUUUUGAUUCUCUUCCGGUGUGUAUCCUCGCUGGAUUGAUCGUGGGGAAUCGUCGCCUCGAGUGGCGAUAUCGCAUUCGACAUCUCUGCGGUUCGCAGCAUUAGAUUCUCUCGAUCGCUAAGACAGAUUUCUGCCAACAGCGUGCGUGCUAAAAACAUAUGAAAGUAAAUCAGAGACACGUCGAAUCGAUUCUAGGAUAGCACGUAGAAUAGUAAGUCUCUCUUCAGGUACAGUCGACUCCCCGGGCUCCUUCCCUCCCUUCUUUCUCUUUCUUUCUUUUUCUAUCACGGACGCUAAUUGUUAGACUCUGGAUAGCUGUGAGCUAAGGACGCGGACUCAGCAGGCCCCAUCGUUCUUCCGAGAGGACGCGCGUUCGCACGUUCGAGUUGUGCCGAGUAUCGAAAAGCGGCCGCGCUCACAAGCUCAUCGGAUUUCCAUCGUGAGGUCGACCUCGCUGCGAGACAGACACGCGAUCGAUGGAAUAAUCACUGUUAAGACUAACGUGUCCCAUGCGCGUACGGUAGGGACAGGAACGUAGCUUCCAACGUUGAAGAGCCUGUAUUCCUUUCUGUUUGUUUUCUCCUUCGCCAGCUGUUGAUUGCAAUCCACGAGCGAGCGACAAGAAAACCGUGUCAAUCUUCCGAUGUCUCGUGUCGCGCGGCAUGCGGCGAGCACCGUGUGGAUAAAUGUCGGUAUAUAUAAGAGAGAAACUAAAGACACGCACGUGCGCACAUAUAUACAUACAUACACACAUACACAUACCCAGGCACAUAUUACAGAAACAAGAAUAAUACACGUUGUACGCGUACAUGUGAAAAGUCCAAGCGAAAUAGAUUGAAAUUAUAUAGAUUUUAUACUUUUUCUAAAAGUAGAAUAAGAGAGAGAGAGAGAGAGACGCGCGACAGGCUCGAUUGGCGCAGGAGAGAGAUUCGAUGAAGUUGCGUCAGUCCUCUUUCUCUCUCCAUACGCGAAGAUUAGCAGUGACAGAUAAAACGACCACGUAUCCACGUAUUCCGUGUAAAACGUGUAGAAAUAUGCGUUGUCCGUUUCUUCACAUCACUGGAUAAUACUGAAUAUAAACUGGUGCGAACUGGCGGCGCGUAUCCGUCUCUUGUCGCGAGCUCCUCUCGGGGAGGACUCGUCCCCCCCGUGGGAGCGUUAAGCCCGUAUCAGACUGCGUUUUGGAGAUUGCGGCUCGGCUAAUCGGGACAAAGUGAGUCGAGGUCGAGAUUAGUCGACUCGUCGAAUUCUGGACGGUUAUGUUUGUAAUUAUUGUAAUCGGCAACUCUCAAUCUCCAGCGGCUGAUUUGAUGCGAGCUUUACGGGUUGGUGUUAACAGCGAGUGAAAUCCGUCGACGGGGAAUCGGCGAAAAUUCGAGGAAUGUCCGGCGAAUAUGUAGAUGCGUAUCUAUGAAACCGAGCAACACCAUUUCGUUUUGAAAUAAAAUGUCGAGGCGCACGAAUAAGAUUGUCGUAAUCGGGCAAUGCAGCAUACAGAACAUUCUCAUCGAUCGACGUUGUCCUUGCCACUCAGCUUCGGGAAACGGAAUACGUUCCUCUCGUAUUCGGCUCUCAGAGCGCGACGCCGCGUUUUAUUCUCGAUUAGUUUCACCCUCAGUCCUCUCUUGGUUUCCUCGACGUCUGCAGCAUCCCUGACGGGAGCGAUCGACGAUCGCUACGCGUAUCAGCUCCGGGAUCGUUCUCUCUUCACAUAAAAAGCGCAGGUCAAACUCCAGUAAUCUCGCACUUUCGCCUCUGUAUUUAUUAGUCAAUUACGGUUAAUCGCUAGUCAAUAAAUAAUGAGCGAGGCGGGAGGACGUUCGGGAGAAUGAGGGAGAAGAGAUUGAGACGAGACGGAAAAGGGAGGGGGGAGAGAGAGAGAGAAGAGAAAGAAACGAAAGGAGGGCGGGUAGAAAGGAAGAGGAGGAGCAGCCGGUAAAGAGAGCGAAACAAGUGUAAAUUAUGAGCGUCGAGUCUACGCUAUCGGACACACAACGCGUAAUGUCAUAUCUGUUGAAAGUACACGAAGAAAGAAGAAAAAGAAAAAAAAAAGUACUUAUGUACAUAUAUGAGAUAUAUAUGUGUAAAUAUAUGUAGAAAUAUAUGUACGUGCCCGCGCGCCGCGCGCGUGCACACACACACACACACACACACACACACACGUCCUACGAAUGUGCCUUUAAAGCCAAAUCUCCCCACUUCCCCCUUCUAUACAAAGGAAAAAAAGCCAAAAAGAAAGAGGAUGAAAAGGAAGAAAAAAAAAGCAGACACGAGCUAUUCUACGUUUUGUAUGAGUACUUAGUUUUUACCUCGUACGUUAUUACUACUAUUACUACCACUACUAUACCUACCAUACUUACUGCUACUGUUAUUACUGUUACUACUAUUACUACUACUACUAUUACUACUAUUGCUACUACUGUGUAGGUGUGUAUAAAAAAUGCAACGCGCGAGAUAGCGGGAAUAAACGACUAAAACUGGUGUGCUCCCGUUACUGUAAACCGACUACGAAACGCAGCGCGAAAAUAAACAUCCUUUUUAAAUUA